AAAAGAAAAAGAAAACAGUUUUGUUUAAGUACAGUGCUUAGAUUAAUGUUGCCAAAUUAAUUUAAAUUAUCAAAGCAGGCCAAUAAUUAAUAAAAAAGGCUAAAGAUAAAGCAGACCCGUUUAUUUUCUUCCAAGCAAAAUAAUGACUUCUCACCUAUAAAACACUCCAAACCCUGUCCUUUCUCACAUCACAAGCUUUCUUCUGGAGAGUUCAAAGUAAGAGAGAGAAGGAAUAGAGAGAGUUUGAGGAGAGAGAGCCUAGUGAGUAAGAAUGGAGGGUAAGGAAGAGGAUGUUAAACUUGGAGCCAACAAGUUCCCAGAGAGACAACCCAUAGGCACAUCUGCUCAGACAGACAAAGACUACAAGGAGCCACCACCAGCACCCUUGUUUGAGCCCGGAGAGUUGUCAUCAUGGUCCUUUUACAGGGCUGGUAUUGCAGAGUUCAUGGCUACCUUCUUGUUCUUGUACAUCACAAUCUUGACUGUGAUGGGUGUGGGUAGAGCACCUACUAAGUGUGCCUCUGUUGGUAUACAAGGAAUUGCUUGGGCCUUUGGUGGUAUGAUCUUUGCUCUUGUCUAUUGCACUGCUGGUAUCUCAGGAGGACACAUUAACCCAGCUGUAACCUUCGGCUUGUUUCUGGCAAGGAAGCUUUCCCUAACCAGGGCUGUGUUCUACAUGGUGAUGCAAUGCCUUGGUGCCAUCUGUGGUGCUGGUGUUGUUAAGGGUUUCCAGAAAAAAGAAUAUGAGGCUUUGAAUGGUGGGGCUAAUUUUGUGAACCAUGGCUACACCAAGGGUGAUGGUCUUGGUGCUGAGAUUGUUGGCACCUUUGUUCUUGUCUACACUGUCUUCUCUGCCACUGAUGCCAAGAGAAGCGCCAGAGACUCCCAUGUUCCUAUUUUGGCUCCUCUUCCCAUUGGGUUUGCAGUGUUCUUGGUUCAUUUGGCCACCAUUCCCAUUACAGGAACUGGCAUCAACCCAGCUAGGAGUCUUGGCGCCGCCAUCAUUUACAACAAAGACCACGCAUGGGAUGACCAAUGGAUUUUCUGGGUUGGACCCUUCAUUGGAGCUGCUCUUGCUGCUUUGUACCACCAGAUUGUCAUCAGAGCCAUUCCUUUCAAGAGCAGGGCUUAA